UAGACCGACCAUGAGUAGUACGUUUAAGAUCUGAUUUCUGUUCAGAUUACUUGCUAAGCUUUCAGCUUUUAGCUUUUAUACAACCAACCUCAGGGCCUAAAAAUUUGCAUAGAUGUACCAGCAUUUAAAAAAACCUUAAUGUCCUAUUAUUUAGGACAUUAAUUAUAAAUUUUGUUCAUACCGGCUCACAGAGUGUUCCAAGAAACAAGCAUAAGAAUUUGGUUGGUGAGGCCUGCCAGCACUGAUGUGGGGGUGAAGACAAGUUUGUAUGACUUCCAUGUUGAAAGGAGUGGCAAGAUGGUCAACUUUUGCGGGUUUCAGCUCCCAGUACAAUAUGGAACAGAGAGCAUAACAGAGUCUCACCUCCAUACAAGAAAAUUCUGCUCAGUUUUUGAUGUGUCGCACAUGCUUCAAACAGAAAUUGUUGGUAAACAUAGAGUUGAGUUCAUGGAGAGUCUAUGUACUGCUGAUAUUGCAGGAAUGCCUGAAAAUGGGAGCUCCCUGAGUCUGUAUACUGAGAAAGACAAUGGUGGAAUUUUAGAUGACUUAAUUGUCACCAAGUGCAACGAUCAUUUAUACAUAGUAUCAAAUGCAUCAAUGAGAGAUCAAGACUCCCAAUUAAUGUUAGCUGCAAAGGACAUCUUCAAUCGAAAUGGGAAAGAUGUAAACCUGACGUUUUACAACCCAGAACAGCGAUCACUGCUUGCAGUACAGGGGCCAAAAUCACAGGAAGUGCUACAACCAUUAGUAGAGGGUGUUGAUCUUAAAAAUUUGUAUUUUAUGUCAACGACAAAAGCAAAGAUGUUAGGUACUGGAGUGGAGCUAAGAAUCACAAGGUGUGGCUACACUGGUGAAGAUGGUUUUGAAGUCUCAAUUGACUCAAAACAUGUCCAGACUUUGGCAGAAAUGCUAGUGAAGAAUCCUUAUGUGAAGCUUGCUGGUCUUGGUGCGAGGGAUACUUUAAGGUUGGAAGCUGGAUUAUGCUUGUAUGGCAAUGAUAUUGAUACCACAACAACACCAGUUUCUGCUGUUUUAAUGUGGACUGUAGGUAAAAGGAGGCGACAGGCGCAAGACUUUCCAGGUGCAAAAGUUAUUCUAUCUGAGCUCAAACAGGGCCCGUUAAUGAAGAGGGUAGGUCUAAUCUCAACAGUGAAGAAGAGUCCCCCAUUCAGACAAGGAGCUUUAGUCAUUGAUAAAGAUGGUCGUGAAGUCGGCAAGGUAACAUCAGGAUGCCCAUCACCUAGUCUUGGGGUCAACAUUGCCAUGGGCUAUGUAAAAAGUGAGCAUUGCCGAGCAGGCACUCAACUUUCCGUCCGAGUUAGAAACACCGACGUUGAUGUUGAAAUAACAAAAAUGCCAUUUGUGAAAGGUAAUUAUUACCACGCUCCUCAAUUAAAUAAAUAAUUGUCAAAAUUAUUAUGUUACACGAAAAAAAGUAUAAAUGCCAUUGUAUGAUGCAGUCAAAUUGUAAUUUAGCUUGUUUAAGUAAGAACAUACAUGUACAAGUGAUUUGUAAUUGAUUUUAAUUGAUCAAUUUCAUUUAUUUUUGGUAACAAAAAGUAAUUAAAAGGGAAAACAAAAUAUUUAAUAUGUAUCAUGUAAAUUUGUGUAAUUCUUAAUAUUUAGAACAAAUAAAUUUGUUGAGGUUU